CGGGGAAAAAAAGAACUUUUGGAAGUUUAUAGCUGCGAGUGCGCUCCGCUAGGAGAGUGAGGCAAGCGUCGCAAACGCGCGACGGCAGAAGGAAAAGGCACUGGUGGACGAGUAAAAUUCAGGACGACUCACAUAUUCUUAUUGUAUGGCCCCUCUAUCGUCCAUGAUGAAUUCUUUUCAAGGGCCACUCUCACAAGAAGGAAAACUACAGGAACGCAAAAGUGCGGACAAAGCGGAGGCUCAAACCAACGAUAAAGCGACUGUCAAAGGAUGUAAAGGCAAGGCGCUGAGUCUUCCGUUCAGUGUGGAGUCUUUAAUAUCAGACAGAACAAGCACACGGACUUUAUACACAUCAUCUGAAUCGGGUAUUAUAUCUCCGACAUCCGGUGGAGAUGAGCGGCUGAGGCUCUCGCCCAUGGCUCUUUACACAGAUAGAAAGAUCCCAGUGGAGAGCGUCUCCAACCUAUCCGACUGCAAGAGAGGAGAUAUGGAAGAACUAAAUGACAAGGGACAGUCCGGCUGGUUUCAGACACCCUCGUACACUUCUCCGCCAAGGCACUCAAGUCCACCUCCAUGUACCCUCAGAAAGCAUAAGAACAACCGAAAACCGCGGACCCCGUUCACCACCUCGCAGCUGCUCGCUUUGGAGAGAAAAUUUCGUCAAAAACAGUAUCUUUCUAUUGCAGAGAGAGCGGAAUUUUCCAAUUCACUCAACCUCACUGAGACUCAAGUUAAAAUCUGGUUUCAAAACAGACGAGCGAAGGCAAAAAGACUACAAGAGGCCGAACUUGAGAAACUGAAACUUGCAACCAAGCCAUUAUUACCUGCGUUCGCCUUUCCGUUCCCAUUCGGAACACACGUUGGAUCUCCACCCCUCUACGGACCGUCCAGUUCCUUUCCUAGACCUGCGUUACCAGUCCCAGGACUUUUCGGAGGGCCAGUGACCUACGGAAUGUAUUAUUUGUCUUAACCAAGUGAGCACGUCCUUCAAGUCACCGUCUAUAGCUGCUGCGGUUCUGCCAGUCACAAGACGAGUGAAAUGAUAGCAAACAAGUUUUCUUUAAAGAACUCUACACCCAUUUAAAAUAAAUUAUUCUUGUGAUCUACACAGAUUAUUCCUAAAGUGAGAGUCCCCAAAUUGGCUUUAAAAGUGCAAUGAAUCUUCCCUGAAUAUAUAUAUUAUAAGUACAGAUAACACGCUAUGUGGCUAAUUGUCUUAGUGUCAGAGAAAAUAAUUUCCAAGAGAUAAUUUAUACUGAGGGCACAGCCAAUCUGGCAAGUGUCUAGAUCAGCAUCACUUGCUGAUGAUGCGUGAUGCGCGAGAAAACACCUAGUGUGCUCUGAAAUGUAUGUAGGAUACAUCCGCGCCAGUUCCAACAAAGCUCUUAAAUUCAAGAAAUUACCUUAUAAUUAUUACUAAGGGUUUUAUAACUUAAAGAGCUCGUUGGACUGUCAGCA